GGGCGCUUUAUGGCAUAUUCUGGAAACGUCUACCGUGGGACAUACCAUUAUGCGCUUAUAAGAAGGGGUGGUGAACUCACGCUGCAUUGUUACCUUUAUAUAAUGACUGGAGGAACACUGGUCAGAAAACACUGGUCUGUUGCAUGGAAAGGAACACAGAUUUUCCAGUGAUGCCCAAUACUAUGUCAAGUGGCAGUACCCCAGAAGAAGACCUCUCUUUGAAUGAUAUUGAUGAAACUCAGAAAAAAACAAAAAGAUGGGGUCUGGUUGCAACAGGUGUGGUGGGAGGCACAUUAUUGGCUUUGUACGCUGUGGCUACUCCAUUUGUGGUGCCAGCUUUGAGAAAGAUUUGUCUCCCUUAUGUGCCUGCAUCAAACAUUCAGGUGAAAAACGUGUUGAAAAUGCUCCACUUGAGGUGUGGAACUGUUGUUGACAUCGGAAGUGGUGAUGGUCGUAUCGUAAUAGCUGCUGCAAAGAAAGGGUUCCAAGCUGUUGGCUAUGAGUUAAAUCCUUGGCUUGUGUGGUACUCAAGAUACAGAGCAUGGAGAGAAGGUGUACAUCAAAACACCAAGUUUUAUAUAUCCGAUUUAUGGAAGGUCAGUUUUUCACAGUACACAAAUAUUGUCAUCUUUGGAGUACCACAGAUGAUGCCACAACUGGAAAAAAAACUUGAACUGGAGUUAUCUCAUGCCUCAAGAGUUAUUGCUUGCCGUUUUCCUUUUCCACACUGGAUCCCAGAACAUAUUUCAGGGCAAGGAAUAGACACUGUAUGGGUCUAUGACAUGAUGACAUUGAAUAAAAGCAGUAUUACAAGAUCGGUGGAUGAGUUAAAAACAGAAGAAGAACUAGACAGACAUCCUGUGGCUACAUGUGUUGCCUCUAAUGGCAUUGCUUCCACUUGCCAUUUUUUAAAGGAUAAUGCUUGCCCACACAGAGGAAGGGGUUUUCAAGAAUAUCUACACCAGAUUGCAAGACUUCUUUGGCCUACCUGGUCAUUGGAUUUAUCGCCAAUCGAGCAGUAAUGGCUAACCAGCUUUAGCAACCUACAUCUAGGAUCUACAGCUGCAACAUCUAUUGAUGGAUAUACGGAACCUGUAUGCCUCCAUACCAAACCGUAUCUCCUGUUGUAUCCAGGCUAGAGGUGGCCAAACAGAGCCUCUUUAAUUAAAGCG